CACAUGACGUCACGGGCGGAGAGUCUCAAACGGCCAUAGUGAUGAAGUUUCGGCCGAAAUUCCAAUGCUUUCCCGGCCACAGGAAUGGGAAUAGCAAUGUGGUGGAAGCAUCGGAUUAAGACGCCUGUUUUAUAGCUCCAAACUCAAAACUUAUACAGACAUAUACUGUUAUCAAAAGUGAAAAUGUCUGUCACGGAGAAAAAUGUGGAGGAGUGGUUGAACUCCAACCCUUCUUUCCUGCCAAAGUACAUUGCAAAUGCGCCUAGAGACGUCGUAAAUAGCAUUGAAGUAUUGAAGAAGAAGGACGACUCAGCCAAGUUAUCUUCAGUUGCCAAAAAUGUCAUGGCAAGUAAAAUUUUGAAGAAAUAUUUGAAUGGGGAUCCACCUGUCAAUAAAGUUGCUUCAAACAUAAUUGCCGCGAGUAAACUGGAUGAAAUGAACGAAAAUGACGUUUUUAUGGAACUAGUGCGAGACAUCGCAAGCGAACUGGAUGUAAACGUCCUUUGUCACAAGAUUCUGAGAAAUGUCAGCUUGUUGACCAAGAGUGAUAGAGGAAGUUUGUUUCUUGCAAGAGGUACAGUAGAUCACAAAUACCUUGUGUCCAAGCUGUUUGACGUCACACAGACUUCAACCCUUGAAGAGUCCCUUCAUACCGAAGAAACUGAAAUUAAAGUUCCCUUUGGAAGAGGGAUUGCUGGCCAUGUUGCCCUGACAAAAGAAACAGUAAACAUUAAAGAAGCAUACGACGACCCAAGAUUCAAUCAAGCCAUUGACAAGAAAACCGGUUACCGUACACAUAGUAUUUUGUGUAUGCCCAUCGUAAACCACGAUGGAGAGGUUAUUGGUGUUGCUCAGAUCAUCAAUAAGAUUUAUGGUUCGCACGAUUUUGUUGCCAAAGAUAUUGAAAUCUUCAAAAAGUACCUUACCUUUUGUGGGAUUGGCAUCAUGAACGCACAACUCUUUGAGAUGUCAAUAAAGGAAUACCAGAGGAAUCAGCUUCUGCUCAAUUUAGCACGUGGGGUAUUCGAGGAACAAACACGCCUCCAGCAACUUGUACAGAAGAUAAUGGUUGAUGCACAACAGUUGUUGAAAUGCGAACGUUGCAGUGUAUAUCUACUAUCUGAUUUUUCUGCACAAAUUACCUUUGAGUCUUCUGAUGAACAUGAAGUUGCCGAUGAGAGGACGUACGCUUCUGCAGAUGACGUAAGAUUUUCAACUGUCUUUGUACUAUCUGAAAAGGGAAACGGAAAUAUUGAAAUUCCAAGUGCUGGGGACAUUGCAAUGGCCCAAAAUACCAAAGUCUCGAAACUUGUAGUUUUCGAAAAAAUGUCAAUAAACAUUCCAGACCUUGAAUUUGAAAGUAGAUUUGGAAAUGCUCACUUUGUUGAUAGCAGUGGUUUCAAAUCCAAAAGUAUCUUGUGUGUGCCCAUCUUUAACAGCAAAAUGGAAAUAAUUGGUGUUACUCAAUUGAUUAACAAGUCAAAUGGUAUGGGUUUCAAUGAGAAUGAUGAAAACAUCAUCGAGGCAUUUUCAAUAUUCACUGGACUUGGUAUUCACAACUGUAUCAUGUAUGAAAACGUCUGUAAAUUGAUGGCAAAACAGAAGGUUGCCCUUGAAGUCCUAUCCUAUCAUGCCACAGCUUCAGAGGAAGAAACCCAAAAGCUGGUAAAGGCAGAUUUGCCGUCUGCUGAGGAGUGGGGUUUGUACACAUACAUAUUUGAUGACUCUGAGAUGGAUGAAUUAGACACAUGCAGGGCAGUGAUCAAGAUUUUCUGUGAAGUAGGAGCAGUGGAAAAGCUCAAGGUUCCAUACGAUGUCUUAUGUCGAUGGACACUCAGCGUAAAAAAGAAUUACAGACCAGUCACCUAUCACAACUGGCGCCAUGCCUUCAACGUAUUUCAAAGUAUGUUUACCAUCAUGUACACAGGUAAACUUGGAAAGACAUUUGAUGAUAUUGAAAUAUUUGCUAUACUUGCAGCUUGCCUUUGUCAUGACCUUGACCACAGGGGUACAAACAAUGCAUUCCAAGUAAAGGCUGAAUCUCCAUUAGCAAUGUUAUACAGUACAUCAGUGAUGGAACAUCACCAUUUUGACCACUGCAUCAUGAUCCUAAACAGCCCUGGAAAUAACAUCUUUAAGAGCCUCAGUGGAGACAAUUACAGGAAGGCUUUGAGUGUUCUAGAGCAUGCAAUCCUAUCAACAGACCUUGCACUUUACUUCAAGAAACGUGCUGAUUUCAAGGGCCAUUUAGAAAAAGGGGUUAAGGAUUUCAGUACACCAGAGCUGAAAGAUCUCUUAACAGCUAUGAUGAUGACAGCAUGUGAUGUGGCAGCCAUUUGCAAACCUUGGGAAAUUCAAUUCCGAACGGCUCAGAUGGUAGCCAGUGAAUUCUUUGAACAAGGAGACAUGGAAAAGGAUGUCUUGGGAGAGAAUCCCAUCCCAAUGAUGGACAGGGAAAAGCAGGAUCAGCUACCAAAGAUGCAAGUUGGUUUCAUAGAUUUCAUCUGUUUGCCAAUAUACAAACUCUUCAGUGACUUUGAUCCUGCCCUGGCCCCUUUGUAUGAUGGUUGUGCUAACAACAGAAAGCACUGGCAAGAACUGGUUGAUGGUGAGGCUGCAAAGGGUGAAGGCAAUGCUGAUGUGAAGACAGCUACUGAUGAAAAGAAAGACACUGUCAAACAGCAGAAUGCCACUGGUACCACUAAAACUACAAACCAAGUUGGAGGAGGAAAAGAUACAAAGUCUAAAACUGGCAAGAAAGGUCCAUCAGAGUCUUUUCGAAACAGACUCUCUAAAAGACUUAAACUGCCCAAAUCAAAGAUUUGUGUUAUAAUGUAACUAUGGUUACUUGUGAAAGAAACACAAAGUGAACGUGUCUGAGGUUUUAACAUCUUCUGUAUUCCAUUCACUGUUUUCAUUGUUUACCAGUUUAAUUUGUAUUUCCCUUGAGACAAAUCAUAACAAUAGCAGAUUUAGAGUACUGCAUACACACUGGUGACUUUUCAAAUAGUAUCAAAACUUCUUCCUAAUGUAAAAUAGGUCACCAAAUUAAGACUGAAAUAGCUGCAGCCAAACUACAUACUAUAUCAAAAUGCUCAAAGGAUAAUUUUGCAGAGUUAUUUACAUCUGUAAUUUUUUGUGAACAAAGAUAACUAGAUCAUUUAGAUUUAUUAACAUUUAUUAAUGUAAAUUAUUAUUAUUGAGGUUGCAAUGUAAUAAAAGAGAUACAACAGUGAAAAUAUUCUGUUUUAGACUGAGUGGGUUUGGUUGAAUGUUGUUUUUCACGUCAUUUUCGAGUGGUUGAAAAUGCAAAAUGUCUUUCAUUCUAUAACCUCAUGGCCUAUUGAUCCUUAAGAUCCCGGUUAGAAUUGGUUUUCAACAACCCACGCUUGGUGGUCAGGCCCUUUGACUUGGUUGAUGCUUGUGAUGUCAAUCACUGGAUUGUCUAGUCCAGACAGCCGUCAUAUAUAGCUGGAAUACUGAUCAGUACGAUGUUCAACAACAAACAAACAUAUAGCCUAUUUAGCCAUUUUAACUAAAAACAAACAAUAGGGGAGGAUAUGUUUCAUUACAUUAAUUUUAUUCAUCAUGACAAUGUAAAUAGACAACAAACAAAAGACAGACAUAUUGCACCAAUACAUAGUUACAAUGGUUACAUAACAAAGAUGAACACUAAAGAGUUCAAAACUGAAUAUAAAAAUUCAACAUUAUAUUUUCUUACUAGAAAGAAUGUUGUUACAUCACUCCCUCUUCAACAAUUAACUAUCAUGAAUCAUAAAACCUUUGAUUACUUUCAAAUUUUGCUUCAAGAUCAGAAAAUAUAUUUUUUAGGGUAAAAACAUAAUUUACAUUUAUCCUGACUCAUACAAAGUGCUUAUCUCAUCUCGUUCCGAAAAGCUAAUGGAAACUCCUGUGCUGUGUC